AUGUCCGGAGUGGUCGUUGACAGUCCUGCAUUAGCCACCCGCCAGGAGAUGUCGGAUGCUCGUCUUCCUCUUGCCUACCGGGAUUCAUGCGCACACCUUUUGAUCCCAUUGAACCGAUGCCGUCAAGAUGAGUACUACUUGCCCUGGAAGUGCGAGACCGAGCGUCACACCUACGAGAAGUGCCAGUAUGAGGAGUUCAAGAAGCGUGUGGCCAAGAUGGACGAGCUGCGCGCUGCGAAGGACGGUGCCCGGAGCAACUAG